UUGAACCCCCUGCUUUCGUUUGCGUUCAUUGGUUCUAAUCUCUCGUAUGUGUGUAAUGUGUAGUAUCACAUAGUGCUUCACUUUUAAGUUUAUGAGAUUAGCAAGAAAUACGAUUUCGCAGACAUUUGUUUAGUCGAUGUUCAAUAAAUUGUGGUACAACCAACAGCAGGACGAGACAACGUACGAAGAAACAGCGUCCGAACGGGCUGCGGCCUUUAAGAGACUAGCGCUUGCUAGCCCGACCCAGGAUUUGCGAAAUGCAAAAUUGGAACCAAUGGCAGUUGCCAGCCGGUGCUGUUACAACUCCAGUGCCGCAGCCACCACUUGGUUACGCUGCAGCAACAACACCAGUCACGGAUCCUAUGGCCCUGAUGCAAAGCUAUAUGCAAUAUUACAAUCAACCAGCGCCUAGUGGAUAUACUCCGGAACAAUGGGCAACUACACAACAGCAAGGUUGGGCUCAGUGGCAGCAAUGGCAACAACAGUAUCAGCAAUGGCAAGCACAAUAUGGGGACAAGUAUCAAGAGACGAUGAAGCAUCUAUCGGCGCAGAACAUAAAUUUGGCAGCGAGCCAAGUGCCGCACAUGCAACCGCCGCCACCGCUCCCCAAAGAAGACACAGCACGACCACCCCCAUUACCGCCCGUUUCUGCGGGUACAACACAUCAUCAGUUCACCAACGUGCCACCCCCGCACCAAAACAAUCUGCCCUUAUUCCCCACGAAAGAGUCCACUACGACGAGCGCGUUGCCGCAAGCGAGCGUGACUAACUACCCUCCUCCGAACCACCAACAGCCACCACCACCCUUGCCUGGCGCGAGCCAGCAACAGCACUCGCCACCCUUGCCACCUGAAACCGAGAGCAGGCGAGAGCCUCCAGGAGGGCAGGCUGAGAAACGUAAUAACGAUAAUAAUGUUAGUGCGGUCGAUGAUAGCGAGCCGAAUAGUGGCAGUAGUGCGAAAAAGUUGAAGCUCGAUGAGGACGAAGAGCUAACUGAUGCUGAGAAAACGUUUGACGCGCAAUUCAAACAGUGGGAAGAGCAGUUUAACAAGUGGAAGCAGCAAAACGUGAAUCAUCCCGACAAGACUCAGUAUAAACAAUAUGAAGCUAAAUGGACGUCGUGGCGCGAGAAACUGCUCGAACGACGCGAGCAGAUGCGUAGGAAACGCGAACAGCAAAAGCAGGCAUCUGCGGCGAAGGCAAUAAUAGUUGCGGAAACAGCGGACAAGAGCAAGAGCGUUAUAUCUGGUGACGACAAGAUACUCAACUUGCUAUCGAACACAGAAAAUCAAAGUUUGAUCAAUAAUCUACUCGGUAUCGGCAAGACUCUUGGUUUAACAGGCAAGCAGCAGAGCGAUGUUGCUCCCACUGUACCGUCUCUGCCACCACCACCUCCGCCACCACCGGAGUCCUCGAAUUCCGGUGCGAGCAUCCCGGCUCAAGUUGUACAGCAAGCUCCGCCACAAGCUGUACAGCAAGCUCCUCCACCGCAUUCUGUGCAACAAGUUUUGCCGCAAGUUCCGCUACAGCAGAAUAUGAUGGGCUCGAACGUUGCAAUGCCAUCGCUGCUACCAUCUUGGCCUAAUCAGCAGCAAUGGGACAACAAUCAGCAAUACAAUCCCCGAAUGGAAGCCCCGUAUGGUAUGCUACUUCCCACCAUACACCAUUUUCCUGCGCCGUCGUUUGCCCACUCAGUUAUGUCGCCCAACUUCGCACAGCCGCCGCCGAACUUGUUGAACAACAACAACGGUCCGCCACCCAAUUUUUCGCAACCACCUCCGAAUUAUCCGCCCAAUAACAAUCCAGAAUGCUCGGUUACUCUACAGAACGCAGCCAGAGGUCCAGCGAGCGGGCAGGAACCACUGAACGCAGAUAUGAUGCGUUUUGCGCGCCAUCCUGCGGACCGCGGCAAUAACUUCGAUAGUGGACAGCAGUCUAAUUUCCUUCGAAGAACAGGCGAGCCUCCUGAUCAUCGUUUCCUUGCACGUGGAGACGGUGUGGCUAAUUCGAGCGGGAAUGAGCAAGAUCAGUUCAUGAGGCCUGGCGAUCCGGUUUUCAACAGACCGAAUGAACCCUUCAACGAACGUGCCGAUGCACAACAGCAACGGUUUCGAAGAGGAGACCGAGGUUUCUCAGCUGACUUGGGUAAUAAUUCACUUAAUGGAUCGAUGAAUUUCCACCCCAAUAAUGAAGCACGUUUUGGACCGUCGAUGAACGAGCGUUUCGCUGGAGGGAACAAUCGAUUUGGACAGAAGGGAAACGACAGAUUCCCGCCGUUGAGUGACCGACCGUUCGUGUCGGAACAUGAUCGAUUUGGCGGAGGUGAACGAUUCGCAGGACCGGAAACUGAUAGAUUCGGCAGAGGAGCUGGAAAAGAGCAUAGAUUUGAUCGACCGGACAAUGAACGAUUUGGGCCGAACGAUCGUUUCGAACGAUUUCCUGAUCUCAAAGAUCGCUUUCCUCAGACCAAUGAUCGAUUUGGACCCAACAUGAACGAACACGUUGGCCCCAACGAUCGCUUCAAUAGGGGCAACAACCCAGCAGACUGUUUUGAUCCAAAGGACGCAAAUGAUCAUCGACGAGAUUCUUUCAGCGGCAAUUCCCGGGUAUUUGGCAGGAAAUCGGGCUUUAGUCCGCCGAAGGAACUACCGCCAGAGUUACGUAAACUAAUGGAAAAACGAAAGGCUGCUUGUGAUGUAUUCAAACCUAGCUUUCUUCCAGACUCCGAGAAAACUAGCGUCGGUUCUCUCAGCGAAAGCUUUAAGAAGAUCGCCGGCGACUCGCCGUUUCGCAGCAGUUUUGAUUUUCCGAAAAUUCGACCAUUCGGUCCUCCCGGUGGGCCACCGUCGAGCGGUUUCUCUUUCAUACCCGGUGGCAAAUCACCACCUCCGUUCCAGCCCCACCCAUUCGCUCCUAAUUCCGCCACGCCGUACGAUCAUCAUUUGCGAGGUGCUGGUCAUCCCUUCAGUAGCAACAACAACGUGCAUGACGACGAACUUUCCGUUCCGUUUAUUCCCGGCUUGAGACAUGGACCUUUCACAGAUAAUUUCCCUAAACAUGGUGGUCUUGCGAAUUACAAUGAACGGACAAUGGAGAAAGAUAUGGAGGACAAUUUGCAGGACCCUAAUCCUAACCCUAACUCUAAUCAGCAAGCUCAAUCGACCAAUAACCAAUCUCAGUCUCCUGCUAAAUAUCUUGCAAAUACUGAGGCCGAUAUCAAUGUCGAAUCCUCGAAUAAUUUGGAGACCGAUAAUGUUCCAAACAUGAAAGAUGCGGAAAUGACGCAGCUGACAAACGAGGCCGAUGGCACAACCGUCGAACAAAAUAAUAAUCCAGUUAUGAUAGACGACCCGACGCUAAAAAGCGCCGAUAACGAAGAAGGAAACAAAGUAUCCAGCAAUGACGACAGUUCCCAGCAGCCACAGCAGCAGGAGCAAGAACAGGAUAACAAUUGCGAGGAGAAACAAAAUAUAGAAAGCAACAUCGACGAUAAAGACGAAAGCAUCCAAACUAAAAAGUCCGAAAGUCUGCCCUUCAUGGGCGAGAACGAUCCGCCGCCUGAGGAUUUGAACAUCGAGCCGCCACCAGAGCUUCCCAAUUUGGGACCUGUUCUUACUAAUCCGAAUUCCGGGCCGCAGGACACCGUUGGGCCGUUCAAUGAACCUUUCGACGGGAAAGGACUGUUGGAAUUGCCCAGCCAUUCAGCGAGUGCUGGUCAAUUCCACGACAUGCGGCUACGCGAAACGGAAUUCCCCAGAAUGGGCGCACCCUUCAAGUUUCCAGGGCCGCCGCCACUGUCAAAUCCAUUGUUAAAUCCCAGAUUUCAACGUCCAAGUGCGUUCCAACCACUAAGUCAUGGCGACAAUGCGCAACUGGGUCCCAAAGAUGGGCAGUUUGGGUUUAAUACACCCGGCGAUUCUGGACGAUUCAGUCCCAAAAGGCCCAACGACGAACAGUAUCCCAAGCGAGAUCGUAGUGAUGAUUCACCGAGCGAGAAUCCUCGAAAUCCUAACAGCGGAUAUUUCGGGCUUAUGAAUGAGCCAUUCGGUGGUCCACGACCCAUGUUUGGAAAAUUUGGGCCGAGAGCGCCUAUGGACUCGCCUUUCGCUCCACGAAACCCUGGCCCGUUCGGGCUCAGGAGCAACAUUCCGCCAUUUGGACAGCGAGGGGGACCUAGCGAUAUGUAUCGACAUCCCAACGACGAACCGCAAUUUAGCUUCUUGGGGCCUAAUAACAACAAUAGAUUCGGUAAGCCGAAUGAAGCACCGUUCAAUAGACGAUGGCCCAAUGAGGGGCCGCCAGCAAUCGGACCUCGAGGUCCCAACGAUAGCAUGUUGGGUGGACUUCGCGUCCCUCCUUUGGAUGCUUUCUCUCAAGGAAGACGUAGUCCGAAAGCUUUCAAUGAGAACCGUUUCGAUUCACGGGAUUUUAAUGACGGUCCUUUUGGAUCCGACUUUAAAGACAAACCCCUCGCGAUCAAAGGUCCGAUGGGCGAUCCAAGUUGUAUACGUGAUUAUAUGAACAGAAGUGGUAACUACAUCAGAAGAGAACAACAGUUUAAGGACGACAAGCGACAGUUCGACAGUUCCGACGAAUCGUUCGAUAGGAAUACAAUGGACACGACGGAGCCGUGGAAGGAUAAUGUUGACUACACUAAACGUAAGCCCCCGCUGCAAGACCCUUUCAAGAAGGAAUUUGACGAUGCUAGGACGAGGGGCAACUUUAAUGACGACCAAUGCACAAGUAUCGAUAGAAAUCCAUCUAACGUCGCUCAAUUCGACGAAAGAUCGAAAUUGGAAACAAAGGUUAUAAACUACAGUGGUAGUAACGAAGCAAUAAACCUAGAUCGAUCCAAAUUCCACGGGUCCACUUUGUUCACGCAACGUCCUCAGCCUGUGUUAUCUGCAAGUGGCGGUGAGUUUUGCGCAUCGCGACAGUUCAAUUACAAUCACGGCGAAGUCAGCAGUGGUGGCGAGAAGGUUGUCGAGUAUACACCGUCAAAGGUGAUCGAUUAUGAGCAUAUGUCAAGACCGACAACCGUCGAUCAGCAUCUGCCGCCGCCGGUUCAGUGUUUCGAUUAUUCUCAUGGCGAAUCGAAACCGGUGGAGCGCUGUUGGGACCAGCAGCAGCACCAGUCAAGAAACAGUCGAGAAGAUUCUAGAAAUUGGGUGGAGAACGAGCAAAGCAUCAAAGAUUACGUGGAGAAAAUGAGGAGUUCCUACGAGAACAUGAAGAAAGAGAAGAUGAGAAGCGCCGGUGGCUACAACUACGAGAAGAGCGGCUACGAGGCACGCAGGUUGGAUUAUACGAAGCAGCGGAAGGAACAUCACAAGGAUUGGCAGCAACAUCAGCAGCAAGCGAGUGAUAGAAGACCAUGCGGAGAACGAGAGAGAAGGGACAGCGAGGAUCGCAAGGAGAGAUCGUCGGUGUACGACUCUCUCGAGGAACAACGAUUGUUCUUUGAACGCGAUUCGAGCACAAAUGAUGGUCAGGGCGAUCGAAACGUUCGCAGAGAGCGGGUUCAAGAGACGUGCGAGACUGUCCGAAGGGAAACGAAUAAAGACAGUGAUAAAGACGACAGCAGAUCGAAAGGAAGUGUUCAUUGGCAGGAGAACUCGAACAAGAACACUGUAGACGCGAAACUACCAGACACCAGUUUCCUGGACACAAAGAAAAAUGUGGCGGAAACGGCGAGUGUCCCGAAAAUAUUGGAUUUGGCAAAAAUAUCAAACUAUACGAUGGUCGAUGACUUGCUGUGUCCGCCAGGUCGUCAGAACCGACCACCAAAGAUAGCAAUUAUUCUUAGGGGCCCACCUGGCAGUGGCAAAUCUUUUGUUACUAAACUUAUCAAGGAUAAAGAAAUUGAACAAGGAGGUUCUGCACCUAGAAUAUUAAGCUUGGAUGAUUAUUUCCUCGUGGAGAAAGAGGUAGAAACAAAAGAUGAUAAUGGGAAAAAGGUGACGGUUAAGGAAAUGAUCUAUGAAUACGAGGAGGCAAUGGAACAAAGUUAUUUAACAUCGCUCGUUAAAGCAUUCAAGAAAAACGUCACCGACGGAUUUUUCAAUUUCAUCAUAUUGGAUUGUAUUAACGAGAGAAUUGCGGAUUACGAGGAAAUGUGGAGUUUCGCUAAGACAAAAGGUUUCAAGGUAUACGUAUGUGAGAUGGAGAUGGACUUGCAAAUAUGCCUAAAGAGAAAUAUCCACAAUCGCACUGAAGACGAAAUCAAUCGGAUCAUAGAUUACUUUGAGCCAACACCUAGCUAUCAUUUAAAAUUAGAUGUAAACUCGAUGCUGCAAGAACAAGCAAUAGAAGAGGUUGACAUGGAAGAUAGUCAGCAGGAGAUACAGGAGAAACCUACUAUGCAAAAUGAGGACAGUCAAGACAGUCAUGAGGAUACUCAAGACACAAUUGGUGUCAGCAAAUGGGAGAAAAUGGAAGCUGAAGAUAAAUUAGAUCGAUUAGACGGAUUGGCGAAAAAGAAGAAUGAAGGAAAACCACAAACCAUGGAAGAUUUUCUUCAAGUACCCGAUUAUUACAACAUGGAGGAUACUUCUGGUAAAAAGCGAGUACGAUGGGCCGAUCUGGAAGAACGUAAAGAGCAGGAGAAAAUGCGUGCCGUCGGUUUUGUCGUUGGCCACACCAAUUGGGAUCGUAUGAUGGAUCCCACGAAAGGCGGAAGUGCCUUGACACGCACAAAGUACAUAUGACUCAAGUUAUUCACUUCUAAAGUUUUUCUCCCCGUUAUAAAAAAUAAUCUUGUCGAAAGAGAAUAUGUGUUCUAUUAGAGAGAAGCAAAAAAUAUAUAUUCAAUUGAACACAUUGAACGUAUUUUGUAAUUAAAACAACCACUAUUUACAUUAUUGCACUAUAUCUGGUUGGAUCUGUGAAAGAAUCUUGUACAUAUCUAGAUGAACAUUACAAUUGUGUUCAUAAAUGUAAGAUUUUGUAUAGUAAGAUACCUCUCUGUAAUAGUAUAUGUGUACAGAUGUAUAUAAACUCUGGUUAUAUAUAA